AUGUGCAGAUUCAUGAUAUUCAAAGGAAGAGAGCCUAUGGUCUUAUCCGACCUUCUAACUAAGCCAGCACACUCAAUAAUCAACCAGUCAUUCGAUUCGAGACUACGGUUGGACAUGCGAAAUCCCAUCAAUGGUGACGGAUUUGGGGUUGGCUACUACACCGAACACAACGAACCCUGUGUCUUCAAAGCCAUCACUCCCGCUUGGAAUAACGUCAACUUGAACAACUUGUCUCAAUGCACCGAGUCAGAACUAGUAUUUGGCCAUGUGAGAGCAUCAACGCAAGGUGUGUUGUCAGAAACAAAUUGCCAUCCUUUCAGUUAUGGCAAAUUAAUGUUUAUGCACAAUGGCGGUGUUUCCUGCUUCAAUUUGAUCAAAAAGAAGCUUAUAAACCAUUUGGAUGACAAGUACUUUCUUCUAAUACAAGGCUCGACCGACUCAGAAUGUUGCUUUGCCUUGUUUCUUGAUACUUUGGACAAGAUGGGAUACGAUCCACUGUCCAAAGAUACAAAGUUUUCUCACACAGUGUUGAAAAAGGCAAUCUUGGAGACUAUAGAGUUGAUCAAGAACUGGCAAACUGAAGUAACGUCAGAACCAUCUUUGUUGAAUUUUGCUGCAACUGAUGGCGAGUCGAUUGUCGUUAGCAGAUACAUCACCUCAAAGACGGAUGAAGCAGCAUCGCUACAUUUCAGUACCGGUUCCAAGUUUUUUGAAUACCAGCCGGGAUUAUUUAAAAUGGAGAGAUUGAAUCGGUCACAGGAUGUUAUAUUUGUUUCCAGCGAGCCAUUGACUUUUGAAAGAGGCGACUGGUUGUGUGUACCGACAAAUACGCUAAUCACAAUUACCAACAAAAACACCGUCUUGAUGCAUCCUAUAGAAGACGAAUUCUACGAUGGCGGAGUUGGCGAAAGGUCGUCUGGAUUUGCCAUGAGUAAAGGCUUGAUGGGUGGAGUACCACCAUCUGAGGAAGAUCACGCUAAAAUAGAAAAUGGCAUCACAGUUAACAGCAAUGGCAACGCAAUUAUGCAGCAGGUUCCACCACUUGAAAGAGAAGGAAGAGCUAAUAUCAAAGCCACAGUCCAUUAA